AUGUCGCGACUCCUCCGACCAGCAGCUCGCCUGACGCGCACCGCCGCCGUCAAGGCUCCCGCCGCCGCUUCCUUCGCCGCCCGUAUCCCCCGAGCCGGCGCCUCGCCCGUCUUCUUCGGCGCCCAGCAGAGCAGGAGGUACGCCGAGGGGGCCGGCGUCAAGGAGUACACGGUCCGUGAGGCCCUCAACGAGGCGCUCGCCGAGGAGCUCGAGUCCAACCCCAAGGUCUUCAUCCUCGGCGAGGAGGUCGCCCAGUACAACGGCGCCUACAAGGUCACCAAGGGCCUCCUCGAUCGCUUCGGCGACAAGCGCGUCAUCGACACGCCCAUCACCGAGAGCGGCUUCUGCGGCCUCGCCAUCGGUGCCGCCCUGAGCGGUCUGCACCCGGUCUGCGAGUUCAUGACCUUCAACUUUGCCAUGCAGGCCAUCGACCAGAUCGUCAACUCGGCCGGCAAGACGCUCUACAUGUCGGGUGGCAUCCAGCCCUGCAACAUCACCUUCCGCGGGCCCAACGGCUUCGCCUCGGGCGUCGCCGCCCAGCACUCGCAGGACUACUCCGCCUGGUACGGGAGCGUCCCCGGCCUCAAGGUCGUCUCGCCCUGGAGCGCCGAGGACGCCAAGGGCCUGCUCAAGGCCGCCAUCCGCGACCCGAACCCCGUCGUCGUGCUCGAGAACGAGCUCAUGUACGGCCAGUCCUUCCCCAUGUCCGAGGCCGCCCAGAAGGACAACUUUGUGCUGCCCUUUGGCAAGGCCAAGAUCGAGCGCGCCGGCAAGGACCUCACCAUAGUCAGCCUGUCGCGCUGCGUCGGCCAGUCCCUCGUCGCCGCCGAGAACCUGAAGAAGAAGUACGGCGUCGAGGCCGAGGUCAUCAACCUCCGCUCCAUCAAGCCCCUCGACGUCGAGUCCAUCAUCAAGUCGGUCAAGAAGACACGCCACCUGCUCUCGGUCGAGUCCGGCUACCCGGCCUUUGGCGUCGGCUCCGAGAUUCUCGCCCUCACCAUGGAGUACGCGUUCGACUACCUCGACGCCCCCGCCCAGCGCGUCACCGGCGCCGAGGUGCCGACCCCCUACGCCCAGAAGCUCGAGGAGAUGAGCUUCCCCACCGAGCAGCUCAUCGAGGACUACGCCGCCAAGCUGUUGAAGGUCUGA